GUCGGAGUUGGACUUCUGUCUUUUACGAGUACUUAAACUGUAUUUUGUUUCAUUUUUAUCUUGUGACAAGAUUCUUGUCACAAGAAAUUUACGCCAAUGAGUUCCUAGUGCAACCAUAAAACUGUAUGUAAACCAAGAUACUGAAAAGUUGUCCAUCCAACAAGUCCGGACCUACAUGCUUCAGCAAUUAAAUUUGCAGUUCUCAAUCGAAUAAUUAAUAAUUUCAUGAUCAUUAUUUCUUUGGAUUAUCAUCAAUGUUUCCACAUCAUCGUGGCAAACCUCCGUGGCUGAUCAUUUCAAAUAUCCUACAUCUGAAAAUAUGGAAGCUCACUAUACUUCUCGCCGUGGCAGUUUUGACGAUUUACUGUGCCGUUUUCCUUUUCACCGCCUAUCCCCCGUCUGGCAACCCCAACGAAGGCAGUCUGCCCAUCGAGCUCGUUUAUUCACGGCGUCCCCCCAGCAAGAUGCCACCCGCACGGAAUCCCCGCCUCAUUGGCGUUGAUAGACAAAAUAUCCCCCAUUAUAAAUCAUCAUUCCGCACGAGGACAUUCCGUUGUAUCGGCUCCAAGGAGGAACUGCCCGUGGAGCGCGUCAACGACGAUUACUGUGAUUGCUCUGAUGGGAGUGAUGAGCCUGCCACGUCGGCCUGCAGCUAUACCGUCAAGCAGAUGUAUUUCUUCUGCACCACGACUGUACCAGGGACGAGGCGGAAGGUUCCCAGUGCAUGGGUAGGAGAUGGGAUCUGUGAUUGCUGUGAUGGGUCGGAUGAGUGGGCGCGGAGCGAUGUUCGUUGCAUGGAUCGCUGCGGGAAAGGAUUGGGUUAGGAGGGGAUCGGAAACUGGGCGGCUGGCGUAACCGCAGGAUGGCUGCGAAUCAGUUAUGUUUAGCACUCAUACUUCUGGGAAUUUAACUUAAUCCAUUUUGUUGCUUCUUUUCUUACUUGUUGGGUAGUUUUGCUUUUUAGUUACUGCUGAUUUGCAAAUGAUUUUUAACUGUGUAGGAAUCCGUGAGUGGUGACUCCGUGUCUCCUGAUGUUGAUUUUGGUUUUCCAUGGUUCUUCUUGUCGUCUUCUGUAAGGGAAACAUAGUCAAGAAAAAAUACAGAAAUAAUGAAAUUUGCCAUGGUUUGUUCAAAUGCCUUAACCUUAUCAAAAUUUGGACGUGGCUUGUGGGCAUGUUCAUAAAUUGUUGU